AUGUCCGAUGCGCCAUUUUCGCCAGAUGAAGAGUCUGACACUAACGGCUCUCCCAGCAUGACGCCUGUAGCGUCCCCGACCACAUCCAACUUCGGGGCGCGGCUUCCGCUACAGCGCAGCGUCAGUCGCAGCUCGCAGUGGUCGGUCCCAGAGACUCCUCAGCACCAUCAUCAGGGUACUUCUUAUUUCUCCCAAACCUCCAGGGCCGUCUCGCCUACUCCGCGGCGCCCACACCGCCCGAGUCAGAGCAGGAACCACUCAAUGAAGCGCCGCGGGGUGAGGAGCACAAGUGUCACCAGCUCGCGUGCAACCUCCAGGGGCGUUCCCGAGGACGCGGGCUUGUUGAGCGAGGAGAACGAAGACAGCGACGACGAAGGAGAUACCCCGCCCGAGGAGGGCGUUGUCGAGGAGCAGGCAGAGGAACAAGAGGAAGCGGAAAACGAAGAGGGGGCCGGCGAGGAGGACCCUAUCACCCUCAAGGACCGCCAGUCUCUAAUCAACGUCGAGCAUCCGUUCGGUCUCCCCAUCUGGAAGCCAGCACUCUACAAGAAGUCCAGAUCUGUCACUCGCUAUGCGGACCAGGAGCUGCAUUCCGUGCCUUCCGCGCAGGCGGAGCGGCACCUGCUUCCUGGCAACAUCGUCUGGGUACUGGUGUUCGGGUGGUGGCUCGCCGUGUGCUGUUUCUGCGUCUCAGCACUCCUGUACCUCGUCCCGAAGGGAGGACGGCGCUACUCUACCCUGUUGUUCGGUCUUGGCUGGUACAUUGCGUGGCCGUUCGGGAAAUACGUCGAAGGAGACCAUGGUCCACCCCAUGCCUCAGAAGAUGACGACAACGUACCGAACGGCGCACCGGAUGCCGAGGGCAUUAACGAUUUCUCUCAGUCUUCCUCUUCGUUGAGCGAAGACACGGAUGCUACCCCUCGUCGGGAUGUGUCCAGUCGUGACACAGCCACUUCGCGUGGAGGCGUGCCAUUGUCUAGCCAUGACACUAUCACGCCUCGCACGGUCGCACAUCUAUCAUCAAGUUCUUGGAACGACGUGGCGACUGCGACUACCCCACUGCUCGGGACAGCCAAUCCGGCCAUGCCCCGUUUCAGGCCUUCAAAAUCUUAUGGUGCAAUGUCCUCCCCCAUCUCACCCCCACUGUCUUAUUCCACCGGUGCAAUGGAAGGGAAGACAGACGAUUGGCUUGGAAAAGCAUGCUUCCGUCUUGCAUUCCUUUGCAUUAUCGCCCCUCUGAUGCUCAUUGUAUGCAUAGCAUGCUGGGGUCUGAUAUUCGCCGUUCCCAUGGCUAAGCUCAAUUGGGCAUUAAUCAAGUUACUCAUCUCGGAGCCCACUCGUAUUCGAUUCUGCGCAGCCCCUGUAGUUGCAGUGGCAGAUGAAAGCGCCGCAGAGGAGGGGGCUGCCGUCUCCGGCGAAACUCCGGUUUCAUUCAAGCCUGCUAGGCUAGCAGCAGGCCAGGCUGCACCUUCCGGAUCACCUACAUCUACGGUACUCCUGUGCACAUACAGGGCAUUUGGCCUGAAGUACUACAAGUAUACCGUCGGCGGCGUGAACAUCCUAAUCGUCAAUCUCAGUCCGAUCGUGUUCUUUGUCAUUUUCGAUGGUAUGGUGCUGAUGCCCAUUGUAGAGAGAUGGGAGUCGGCGGGUGACUACGUGCCUGCUUUCCUGGCCUUUCUUACAGACCGUGCCCUCAUUUUCGUCCUGAGCCUGCUCAGUGUCAUUCCACUCUCGUAUUUCAUCGGCAUGGCGGUUGCGUCUAUCUCAGCGCAGUCGUCGAUCGGCAUGGGCGCAGUGAUCAACGCCACCUUCGGCUCCCUGAUUGAGGUUCUGCUAUAUGCGAUCUCGUUGACGCAGGGAAAAGGUCACCUCGUCGAAGGUUCCAUCGUUGGCAGUCUUCUGGCAGGAGUCCUGCUGAUGCCCGGUAUGAGCAUGUGCAGCGGUGCCAUUAUGAAGAAGGAGCAGAAGUUCAACGCCAAGAGUGCCGGGGUCACCAGUAUGAUGUUGAUCAUGGCUUUUAUUGGAACGCUCGCACCGACGUUGUUUUACCAGACGUAUGGGAGCUUCCAACUGAUAUGCGACGGCUGCCCCCCACCAGGGUCAGACACGCCUUGGGCUUGCCAGCAUUGCUACUACAAACAUCCAGACCCGGUGGAUGACCCGUUCUACCAAUCUACCGUAAAGAAUCUCAUGUUCUUCUGCGCUGCCGUGUUAUUACUAUCUUACCUCAUAGGCCUUUGGUUCUCCUUGCGCACCCACGCCUCGCAGAUCUGGCAGAACCCCCAGCCGCUUCUGCAACCUCUCGAGAUUACAGGUUCCAACCGUUUCUCUAUCUACCCUCGUCUAGCCCCUGGCGUCAACCCGCAGGCUUCUCAGACCCAGCUCUCCACGCUGCAUCACAGACCCAGCACAAUCACUCCCAUCGCAGAGAGCCCUGGGCCUUCGCGCAGCCAGACGCCGCGGGACUCCCGCUCGAGCUCGCUUCUGAAUCAACAGCGACAGGCGAUCGGAGUGCAAGGGCAGCCGCCACAGCCUCCUACCGCGAAGCGCAUAUCCUACGCGAGUCCGCCAGUCGUGCAGGCCCAAGUAUACGGCCCGAUUCUGGAGACCGUCGACCACACCAUGAAGGACACGGGCCUGCAGCCGAUGCGUUUACCAGAGAAUAUGACGACGGACGACUUCACUCGUGCUGUGGCUGUCGCCACCGUGAGCGCACUCAGGCAUCAACAAAACGAUUCGCGUUCCCCGGCCAUGCGUGGGUCCGCUGCGGUGGAAAUGGACGCUGGAAGUGGUCAUGAUGCACCUUCAUGGAGCCGAACCACCAGCGCGAGUGUCCUGCUGGGUUGCACGGCACUGUAUGCCGUCAUAGCAGAAAUCUUGGUGGACGUUGUCGAUGUAGUCUUGCAAGGCUCAGGAAUCGACGAAAAGUUCUUGGGUAUCACACUUUUUGCAUUGGUACCGAACACAACAGAAUUUAUGAACGCAAUUUCUUUCGCCAUGCAUGGCAACAUUGCAUUGAGUAUGGAGAUUGGUUCAGCAUAUGCCUUGCAAGUAUGUCUACUUCAGAUCCCUGCAAUGGUUGCAUUUUCCGCUUGGUAUGCUCCCGACAAGAUGGGCUCCGUCGCGGAUACAUUCACACUGAUUUUCCCGCGAUGGGACGUCGUCGUCAUAAUCCUAUCCGUUUUCCUCAUGACCUACACUUAUAUUGAAGCCAAGAGUAACUACCACCGUGGAAGCAUCCUUAUCUUGAGUUAUCUUGUCCUUAUAUCUGGUUUCUUCUUCGCACCCAAACGAUCAGACCAAGAGGAAGACCGCCUCGCGAUCCCUUUGGCCACCAUUCUCUCAUACUUCGGCCUCCACUGA